CCGCGUGACCCGGUGUCAGGCCGGUCAUGUGACUUGGUGGAAGAAAGAUGGCGGCGUCCAGGGGAGCUGAGAAAGGGAACUGUAAAUAAUCAGAUUCCGCUGGAUGAGCUGCGGGGGUGCCGGAUAGUGCGCUCUGUGGUGGGAACUCAGCUAUAAAAUGGAACUGAGCAUCCUUCUAGACCCUGGCAUAACUCUACAAGACUGGGCCGAGCAGCCAGUGAGCGUGUCCCUGAUCAGGCAGAAGAAUGUGACGCUUUGCAGCCUUCUGCCACAAGGAAGUCUUCUCCUCACAACCUAUACCUCUGGAACCCUCCAGGGUGCUCAUACGCAUCUGAAUGGACCAUUCACUCAGUUCUUGUUAGAAGAUGCCAACCCCCCGUGGAAUCCACGUCUCCUCACUCUUAGUCAGAACAAAGAGUUCUGUGUCCACGAAGUGUGUGCUGCAAAUGGACAGGUGAAACUGACCACUCUCUGCCUCUUCGAUGAGAAGUCUUUGCGACAGCUCUGUAUAGAUAAUCAUGUUUGUGCCCCCUCUUUACCGUCAGUCCGUCUCCUCUCCAUGCAAGGGGAUGACAUUCUCAUUCUGCUCAGCAGCAGCGUCCUUGUACAUCUUUCCUGUACCAGCAAGGAGCAGACACCGAAACUUAUCGCUUGCUUCUGUCUGGACCUGGAUACAGAUACUGCAGAGCGCAUCUCAGAUGUAUGUUUGAGACACAAAAUCUUGUUUCUUCUGGACAGUCUGGGGUUCAUAUAUGUGUUUGACACCAUAGAUGGGUCUAUAGUAGCUGAAAUAGAGCUACCUAUAAAGCCAGAGGUUGAAUCGGUAGAACCAUUGAAGAGCAUCCGUGUCUCUCCGAACCUAGAUCUAAUUGUGGUCUCUUGUGGCACAUCCUGUUUUCUUCCCCUGAGGCUGAGUGACAGUGCCAGUGAGAAUACCAUACACUCACUACGCACGUGGCGUAAUGAACGGCAGUCUAAGAAGUCCAUGUCAAAUGAAGAUGACCUUGAACUGAGCAGUUGUGACAUACAUGGGCAUACACUUGGCCAUGCUUUUCGAAUGAACAGGUCAUGGGAUGCCACUUUAUCAUCAAUUUUCAAUGAUACAAGGAGUUUCACAGCUCUACCAGAGUUCCCUCAGCCUCCAGGUAUAGUGACCCGGAGCAUCUCCUCUGUAGCCCCUCUCAGCUGGAGAGCAGUCGGAGGAGGUGGCUGGGUCAGAGUCAUGGCUGACAAGCUGAAGGAUGCUUUAAGCCUCCACAUCUGGUCUGUAUCUUCAUUCAGUGCCUUAUUCUGUCUGCGGAGCAUAGAUGGGCAUGCCACCUUGGUCCAGUGGGACAUGGAAACACAAGACAUUACUGACCAUGCCCUGGGGAAAGCUUUGUGUGUGGACUGCACAGACGAUGAGGCCUGUCUUGUUAUCACAGAUCGUGGCCUUUCCCUUGUACUGUUUGCUGUGUCACAAAAUGAGUUCCUUACCCGCUUAAUGAUUCAUGGUAGCGCGAGUACUGCAGACACCCUGUGCCACCUAAACAACUGGGGGCGCUGCUCUGUUCCUAUUCACACAUUGGAGGCUGGUUUAGAGAACAGACAGUUGGAUACAGUUGACUUUUUCCUAAAGAGUAAAGAAAGCAUCUUGAGCCCUCUGACAUCAGAAGAAGGUGGCAUCCAGUCAGAGCACUACCUGCACAACGUUCAGGAUCUGGUCCCAGCUCUUGACCUUCUCUUCUCUUACAUCCAUGGCACCGACCUGGAGACUCAGAGUAAACACUUCUCAGAGCAAUUGCUGCAGCUCACACUGCACUUCCUCAACGGACAGCUGCUGUUACUCUGCAAUCUGCUGGCUGAACCAGAUCCUAGUCUGGAACAGUGUGUUGGAAUUGUAACUGGUUAUAUCACCAAGCUUCGACCUUUUAUGAAGAAAUUUUAUCAGCAGCCACUUCCUGUGCAGCCUACACACGCUGAGAGAGGACAUGGCGCCUGGGAAAACAUGUCUGUUGAGAGUAUAAUCUCUGAUGCCAUUAUGACAAAUUUUAUUCCGGAGGCGCAAAUGUUCCUACGUGCGCAAGGUCACCCUUCAAGCCUAACGUGGCUGAAACAAGAAGGCCUAAAGCUGGUCUACAGAUGCCUACUGGAGAGCCGUGUAACCGAGGCCUGCCAGCUUCUCCAGAACAUGGGCUAUUCCGUAUGGGAUGAGCUUCGACGUAUCUGUUUGCACACGUCAAAUCUUGGCAUACGGACCCUGCUGGUCGACUUGCUGCAAAGAGAGGGCUGUUUUUUAGAAAGAGAGCUGGAAGAGAUCCGCACACUGUGCCAGGUGGAGGAGUUGUACGUCGCUAUGUGCAAGUCUGCUGGAGAGAGGAAGAGAGCAGCUUACUCCAGGCCUGCUUGGAAAAUAUGUACCGUGUCUCCGGAGGUGGAGGCACUGCAAGAUGCACUGAUCUCUCUUGGAGGUGAUCCAGGGAUUCUGACUCUACACUGGGCCCAGGGCUGGGAUACAGAGACACAAGAAUCCAUCUUAUUGCCUUGGAGGAAUAGCACAGACAUGUCUGCUUUCAUGCCCAGAAUCUUUUGGCGCCAUCUGACUUUGUGGCAUGAUUGGCCAAGGAUUGUCUCUUGGAUUGAAAGAACCAGACAAUAUGAGGAGACAGAGAACAGUCAGAGCCCACUCUGGCCUCCCCUCAGCCCAGAAGUCAUUGAUGAGAAUACUUUAUGUUGUGGCUACACAAGGCAGAAAAUCCUGGACAAACUAUCAAGAAUGAGCAUUUUUCUUCCAUCGGACAUGAAUGAUUUUGAGCGUCUUGUGGAGCGUCUCGCAGUGAGUGGGAAACUGAUGACACCAGCCACCCCUCCACUGGACUGUAGCUAUGGAGCGCAUCCAGAGAUUCAUAAUCGCUUUGUGGUGCUGUGCGCUGAGCGUGGCCUCCAGUACAUGCUGUACACUUAUCUGGAUUUCCACAGGUUACACCCAGAAGUUUGUUCUGCUCUGGCCAAUACAUCUUUACAUGAGACCUACCCCUGGUUUGGGCUUUUGGUGCAUAUCCGACAAGUCAGUGACAGUACAGAAGAUGCCAAUCGGAUGUUCCAUGCCAGCCUGUCCAAUGCCCAUAUGCUAAUGCCUGGCUACCAGCCUAGUGUGAACAGUAUGCUCCUGGAGGGACAUACACUACUUGCCCUUGCAACCAAUAUGUAUGCUUCCGGCGGAAUUGAUGGGGUUUUGGACCAGAGUGAAGAGCCAAGCCCCUGUCAGUGGAACGUGGACCUGCCAUUAUUGAAGAUGGCGCUGGGCCCAUACCCCAAACUCAAAGCAGCUCUUUUCCCUCAGCACCCAGCUAACUGUGGAUCACCUCCUGACAUUUCUCUCUAUCAUCUCCUGCAGGCCUUGUCCCCUUUCCAUCCAUCACGUUUCUUCACAUGGCAGAGCACAAAUCCUCUGGCAGCAGCAGACGCUAGCACGGUGCUCCCACACUGCUCAUGCCCAGAGCUGGUCAGUAAACUCUCAACAGCAGAGCAGCUGGACGUCUUCUUCCAUUUACGUAGUGGCCGGCCAGCAGUGGCCUUUUCCACCUUUGUUGUGCAUCAACUCCUGAAAAGCAAAAUUCCUCAUCAGUUAAUACAGAAGGCAGCAGAGGAUGUUUAUUCUCUAGCCCUGUCCUGUUUCAGUGUCCCCUCUGUCAUUGCUUCCUGCGUUUGCUUUCUGGAGCUACUUGGUAUCAGCAGCCACAAGCUCCGCGUGGAUGUGAGCGUGGCAAAUCUAAUCCUGAAACACACCACACCACUCCAGGAGGACCCAGGACACAAGUCUCACACUCAGGCAUUGGCCCAGAGAUUGACAAAACUAGUGGAGAGUGAGACAGAGACUGCGAAAGACCUUUUACUGAGCUUGGAUGAAGUUGUGGCUGCAGAUUUACAGCAGGAGGGCAGCCCACAUCCAUGCAAUGGCUUAUGGCUCACUGUUGUGCAGUUCUGUCUCCUACACUCUAUUCCUAUGACUUCCACUUAUUUGAGGAACUAUGCACAGAAACAGGACUGGCUGCAACUCCUGAUGCAUACGAACAGCCCUGGGCAGGUCUUUCAUGUCCUAAAUGAUCUGAAUCCAGUCCUAGCCAAUCAUAUCGCUUUGGCAUUGCAAGAUAUGGGCUCUGCUGAUUGCCCUCUGAAAGAAAUAGGAAGUGAAGCAAACACAGCCAGUGUCCAUCGUGUGAUGCUGAAAUGCCUGAGUAUGGCAGAACCAGGACAGAUGCUCCUGAAGGAGUGUGUGAGGUGCAGGGUGCCUCUUUUCAGUGUGCUAGCUGCUUGUGUACAGGAAACUGACUGUGUCUCCUGUCUUUGUGCUUGGAUUGUCACUUCAGUGGAUGCUGCCACAUACUCGGAGGUCACACUCACAGUGACUGAUACUGUAGAUCGUUCAUGGAACAUGGAAGACCUCACGCAGCUUUGGGAUAUUUUAUUGGGAAGGAAGGACAGCAGAACGCUGCACAAAGCAUUCAGCAUAUUUGUGGAGGAUUCUCCUCUGCUGCUCUUGCUUGAAACAUAUGAGCUUUGUCUGCAACACAAGAAUUACUUGGAGGCCAAAGAACGUAUGCUGGAUUUCCACAGCUGUAUGAUGAGUCUCCAAUCUCUGGACAGCUCCUCCCUUCAUCCAGUUCCUGUCCUGUGGCUUCAGACACGAGCCUCUCAGCUCCUGCACCUGCUCCUCACCCAGAGCCAGACUCCAUAUGAAUUGCAGAAAGUGUUGCAGCUUUUGUGUGAUAGUGACAGCCAGCAUUUCUGCACAGGUGUGGAUCUGCACAAACUUAGCACUCUCACUCGGAUCCUAGAAGACCAGUCUGUCCUCAUUAGCAAGGACCUUCUGUGUGACUAUAGUCCUGCAGCACUACAGGUAGAAUGCCAGAGACUGCUGAAAAUAUUGAUAGAAUCCGGACACUUCUCUCUGGCUCAUCAAGUAGCUGAACUGGCGGACUUACCCACUGACAAUUUGGUUAUAGAAGAGGUGUUACAGGAACAACAUCUCCUUCAAGAGAUUGGACAGUGGGCAUGUCCAAAGAGUCGUGCACAGUACUGGCAUAAGUGUCAUAAUACGUUCAGCACCAAUCAGCUAUCCCCAGCAGUAGCGUCCAACUUCUUCCAGUCUCAGGCUUCCCGUAGCACUGCUCCUACAGUGAUUAUGGCAGAACAGAUGGAAUCACUGGCAGAACAGGAGCUUUUACUGACUCUGGGUGGACAUUGGCUCUCUCUCAGUGAAUGUGUUCCUCUGAGAACUUUGGAAGAUCUAGAGCAACAGAUCUGGAAGUGUCGUAUUGAGCGGGAAUUAUUAAAUAUGACUUGUGGAUCACGACUAUUGUCAGUGCUUUCUUCAUUCACUGGUCUCACCCUAGAGUUCUCCUUCUCCUGUCUGCCUGCAUUCAACACACCUCUUCUUCUUGAUAUUGCUAGUCUUCCACCAUUGCGUGACGUGACCCAAGGCAAAAACAACAGUACAGACUCCCGGGUACUUCGUAGUCUGAUAGACCAGCUGCUUGAUGACAGUAAGGUGCAUGAAGCUAGCCGGGUGUGCAGAUACUUCCAGCUGUCUCAUCGUGAUUUAUGGCUUGUGUUGAGCUGUAGAGCACUUGCAUCGGGGGAAAUAACAGUCGAUCAGCUGCAUCCUAAUAUCCAGAGCAUCCUUACUGAGGGCAUAGAUGCACAAGACAACAUAUGGACCCGGAAGAAGACAUUGCAGAGCUCCUCCAGUCUGGAGUCUACAUCUUCUCAGACACCCAUCAGUCCUGUAAUCACAUAUCUUGAGGUCCUGAAAGAUGCUUGCACUCAUGGAAAGACAUUUUGCAGACAGCUGCUGUGCAUGUAUGAGCUUAGUCAGGAUCUCGGAUGUUCCUUCUCAGAAAUCUCCUCCCGAGAUCCGAGUGAAGUUCUGCGUACUCUGCUGUCCAGUUACCGCCUUGAGCUCAGCGACAGAGCACAAGCAGUCAUCAGCUCACAUGGUCUCCCCCCAGAGACUGUAGCACAGAUAGUGGCUGAGGAGAGUCUAAAAAUCUGGAGGACACUAGACAAGGAGGGAGGGCAAUUUGAGUUGUAUAAUGUUUCAGAGAAGAGGUCCAACUUUCUUCAACUUGCAAAGCUGUGUCCUGAUCCAACGUUGGUGGGGUUGAAUUUGCUGGACCAUUUGGAGAAUGUCCCCCUUACCGAAUUACAUUGCAUUAUUGAACUCCUGAUCUCUGCUCACGAUUGCUUCAGUCUGACAUGCCACUUAGAAGGCAUUAGGCGUGUCCUACAAGCCUGUCGCCACCUGACAGAGAUGCAUUUGGCACCCAACCAAGAAUAUAGCCUCAUGGUUAGACUACUGUCUGGAAUUGGUCGGUAUAAUGACAUGGUUUACGUGUUUGAUAUUUUACAUAAGAACCAACACUUUGAGGUUCUGCUGCGGAAACAGCUUGAUACGAAGGGGGGACUGCAAACUGCACUUCUGGAAUACAUUAAGCGCUGCCACCCGGGGGACAGCGAAAAGCACAACAUGACUGCCCUCUGUUUCAGUCUGCACCGAGAUAUCGGCCACAACCACGAACAUGCAGCAAAAAUCCAGCUCCGAUUAAUUCAGUCCCGACCAUGGGAAUAUUGGAUGUCUGACCUGAGAGAGCUGAGAUCAUCCAUUAUGAAAGCACUCACACUAUUAAUUGAUGCUGCUGAGAGCUACUCCAAGGAUUCUUGUGUACGUCAGUCCCUGCGAUGUGCCCGUCUCACCCGUCUCCUGACUCUGCAGCUUCAUCUGUUGAACAAUGGCCACCAAACCAAACUCAUUAAUUUGGAUAUAGAGAGCUUGAUGGAGCCCAUCUUGGCGCUACCACGGUUUUACCAGGCAGUUAUUGUUACUGAAGCAUAUGACGUGCAACCAGACUGGGCAGAGAUCCUGUAUACCAAAGUGAUUGUUGGAAGUGAUUUCCAGUAUCUGGAAGAAUUCAAGCAGCGCCAACUGCUCAGUAGUGGAGUGUUUGAACAAUUAUCUAACAAGUGUCAGCUGAACCCUCCUGGAGCCACUGGACUAAAUAAUUUGAAACGUGUGAUCUCUUAUUGUGAGGACAUUAAUACCCGUUACAAACUGGCCCAUGCAAACAAGUUUUAUGACAUCACCGAUGUCUUGAUGAGAGACUCCCAGACGCGCUGCUGUCUGACUGAUAUGCUUUUGCGAUAAACUGGAAGCUGCUAUGAUAUGCAAAGUUAUAAAACAACUUGAGUUUCAUGGAAGGACUGUAACACAGAAGCUAACAUUUACUGUUUGUAAAUGUCUAGCACGUUUCUUUGUCAGCGCAGUGAAACUACCAGCCAGAAACCUGCUGAUAAUUUCAGCUUCCUCUAGUGACAUGACCAGCAAAUAUUAAUUUUCCCAAUAAUCAUUAAUGAACUUGUUGAACAUGAACAAGUUAUGUUUACCAGGCCAAGCACACCGUGUAAUCCCUCCUGGGACCAUCUGCAGACACCCAUCUUGUGAUAAUCGACAGACAUGUUUGUCACUGGAGUGAUACAGCCACUGAGCGCCACUUUAUUACCAUGCUUUGCACUAAUGUUUUGUUUAGCAACUCCACAGCUGAUUAAAAACAUUACAUUCAUAAUUGAAA